AUGUCAAGUUCGAGAGAUGACGACAUUCGUGAAAGAUAUUCAAUUAGUUACGAAUCUCCAAAUAAUGAAUCUAAAAAUAAUUCGAGAAAAAAUUUCUCAAUAUCGAUAGUUAUGCUUUUAGGAUGGAAUGUAUUCACAAUUUCUUCAGUUUAUUUCAGCAUUAAAUUUAUUGAAACUCCGUUCGUAAAUGACUUUCAAAAUUACUUUUCAAUAAGCUUCAUGAUUUCAAAUAUAUUCUUUCUCGGACAUGCUAUAUAUUUUCAAAAAUCCGCAAAUAUGUCUCGUCGAAUAGUCAUUUCACUUUGUUCAUUGACAUUGAUUUUUAUGGCGACCGCAAUAACUACUCAAAUUAAAUUGUUUACGCCAGAUGGAUAUUUUUGCUUCAUUAUUCUUUUGAUGUUUUUGUCUGGAGCUUUUACUGCUUAUUUGCAAAAUGGUGUAUUUUCGGUUGUUUCACAAUUUUCUCCAAUGUAUAUGCAAGCUGUUAUGAGUGGUCAAGGAUUGGCUGGAAUUAUAGUGGCAAUUUUGGAAAUUUUAAGCGCAAUAAUCAUAGAAAAUAAACAUACACCAACAGAAGCAGAAUUAUCACAAAUAACGCUUGCUUACUUUAUUUUCGCAAUGUUAAUAUCACUACUAUCAUUAAUCUCUUACUUUAUCCUAACUCGUUCGCCGCUAUAUCUUCAUUAUAUUCCACCACAAGAAAAACCUAUAAUUCAUCCGAUCGAUCAAACAUUAAAUAAUCAUUCUAUUCAAAGAACAUUUAAUAGAAUUAGAUUAUUAUGCUUUGCAAUAUUUUUUAACUUUUUAGUGACUUUAGCAUUAUAUCCAUCAAUUACUGCAUCUAUAAAGUCCACAACUACUGAUCAAAACAAACAAUUAUUUCAACAAAAUUACUUAUUCAUACCAAUACAUUUUUUGAUUUUUAAUGCUGGUGAUUGGAUUGAAGUUGGAAUUCACGGGAAAAGAUUAGUUCCAUUACUGAUAACUAACGAUUGGAUUUAUUUUUUAAUAUUGGUGUUGUUUGCAAUAACAAAUGGAUAUCUAGGAUCAUUAACUAUGAUGGCAGGUCCUCAGGUGUUUGGUGUUGUAAAAGAUUUUGCUGGAACAUUGUUAUCAUUCUUUUUAGCAUUUGGUUUGGUUUGUGGGUCUAUGUUUUCAUUUCCUUUGAAGGCUAUUAGUUGUGGGUGUAAUCCUUUUGCUAUGUGA